UGCUUGUAGACAAAUUUCUGGUUUACUUUCUGAUUAAGUUUUACUUUCUGAUGUAGUUUCUCUGAAACCUUUCACUGAAAGACCUUGGAAACAAAUAUUUUAAAAAGCAUAAAGGUGCAUCAUCUUGGACAUUGCAUCUUUUCUUAGUCAUCUAGUAUAUUCUGUUUCUAUACAGUGGCAUAACUUCAAACAUUAACCCCCUGGGGGAAGUUGUUAUCUUUCUGUUUUCUCUGAACUCUGCAGUACUUUUGUUGUUUAGAUGUGGUAAACCAUAUUUCAUAUUUAAAACAAACAAACAAACAGAAAUUUUCUGCUGGACUUUUACCCUCUUUGACCAUGGAUUAUUCAUAUUUCCUCCCAGAUUCUUAAACAGGAAAGAGGGAAUAUAAAUAUGUUGCAACAUGACUGCUUUAUACUUCUCUUCCAGAAAUAAAGCUCAAAGAAGAAAAGUCUUAAUCUUAAAUGCUUAAUACCCAGAAUUUGUCCAAAGUCAAAAUUGAAGACAUAUAUAACUUUUGGUGAAAAGGUUCUUUCUGUUGUUUUCUUUAUUUUUCUAUUUUUUUAAUCGGUUUUGUAAAACACAGUGGCACUUAGGUCUCAGCAAUGCAAUAUGCACAACUGAAUGAAUGGCACAUUUUCACUAGUUAAUAUCAAGUUUGGUUAUAUAGUGUUUUAUGCCUUCUCUUGCUCUGUGAAAUGGAUUCACAGUUUUGUAUACUUUUUGGCUUUAUACUGGAACUGUUGCAUGUUUAACCCUUAGGUACUUAAUGCUUUGUUGUUGAUUCUAGGUACUGUAUGAAAUACUUGCUUUUUUUAGUCAGGUUGCAGUUUUAAGGGGAGAAACAUUUGGAGGAACAGGGAUCAUGUGCAAGCAAUGCAAGAAAGAAAAGCUCUUCAUACUUUACUGGCAAAACGGCAGGAAGAUCUCCCUCCUAGGAGGAUGAAGGAUAGCUACUUGGAAGUUAUUCUACCUCUAGGAAGUCAACCUGAAAUAAGAGAAAAGUACCUGAAUGUACACAACAGCGUAAGGUUUGGAAGGAUACUUGAAGAUCUUGACAGUUUAGGAGUUCUUAUUUGCUACACUCACACCAAGCAGGAAAUGCAGCCAAAGUCUCCUUUAUCAAUAGUUACAGCUCUGGUGGAUAAAAUCAAUUUGUGCAAGAGGAUUAUAUAUCCAGAUUGUGACAUCAAAUUCACAGGCAAUGUUUCUUGGGUUGGGAAGACAUCAAUGGAAGUGAAGAUGCACAUGCUGCAGCUACAUGAUGGUGAUUACAGCCCUGUGUUAGAUGCAACCUUUGUCAUGGUGGCCCGGGAUCCAGAGAAUAAGGGGCCAGCAUUUGUUAAUCCACUAGUUCCUGAGAGCCCUGAGGAAGAAAAAAUCUUCAAUCAAGGGGAAUUGAACAAACUGAAGAGGAUUGAUUUCAGCACCGCUUCCUUACUGAAGAUGGCUCCCACUGCAGAAGAAAGAAACAUUAUUCAUGACAUAUUCCUUAAUACGUUGGACACAAGGACAGUAAGUUUCCGGAGUCGUAAAUUACCACCCAAUUCAGUGUGGAUGGAAGACACAAAGCUAAAAGGGCUACAGAUUUGCCAUCCUCAGGAACGAAACAUCUUCAAUAGGAUCUUUGGAGGUUUUCUCAUGAGAAAGGCGUUUGAACUGGGAUGGGCAAUUGCUUGCAGCUGUGGCGGUUCCAGACCUUUUAUUGUGUCUGUUGAUGACAUCAUGUUUCAGAGGCCAGUUGAAGUUGGAUCCUUGUUACUGCUUUCUGGACAGGUCUGUUACACAGAAAAAAACUACAUCCAGGUUCGAGUACACACUGAGGUUUAUGAUGCAGACACCAGGGAUCACCACACAACUAAUAUCUUCCAUUUUACAUUUAUAUCAGAAAAUGAGGUCCCACAGGUUGUCCCCAGAACAUAUGGAGAGUCCAUGUUGUAUUUAGAUGGGAGGCGACACUUUGCUGCUGUAAUGAAAGAGAUCUGACAGGCACUGGAUCAGCAGAAUAGCAGCAUGCUGUCUUGGAAAGAGUUGUCACCAGAGAUGGCUAACAGACAGGUGUUUGCAGUACCCCAAAAAAAUAAAACCAAAUCCACUCCAAACCAAAAACCACAGACCUGAACCCCACAACAGAAAACACCUUUUAAAUGCUACUUAUGCAUUUGCAUAUGUUUGGAUUUUUUAUUCUUUGCUACUAGGAUUUGUUGAAAUCUACUUUUACAUGCUGAUGCUAGGAAAAAAGGCUGAAAAAAAUACAGUACUAAGCUUCAGGUAGCUUCUUUUUGUCUGCUUUGAGUAAUUACAUUAUGACCUUUGCUGUCUUGUCACCAUCUGCCUUCUUUCUCUUAGUAGCUCUCCUUCGUGCUUCCCUGAUAAGGGAGAGAAGUUCUAUCAGAAAAAGGUGUGCAAUAAGUAGAUACAUACAGAUUAAGCCAUUUGACCUACAUUCUUGUGUAAAUUAGGUUUAUCUUUUGUAUUGAGCAGCAAGCAUAAGCUGAGAAGUUCCUAGUGUGUGCACAGUGUAAAGCAGGUGCUUUCUAUCAGCUGGGAUUUUAUAAGGCUGUACAGCUCCUGUUUUGGAUGGUUUCAUGGUUCCCUUGGGAGAAAACCGGAUUUUGUGAUGGAAUGUGGUGGCCAUAUGGCUUCUUUGGCAUUCUGUCUGUGCACAGCUAACCCUUGCCAGCCUCUUCUAACUAUUUUUUGUUGUAUAUAACUGUUAAGUUCCUUAAUGAAUUGUUUCUCAUGGUCUGUAGAGAUGUGCUUGGUGAGGUUGGGUGGGGCUGGGAAACAGCAUUGUAGGGUAGAAUGUUUUGGUUUGUUAGGGAUUGGGAGCAGAAAAAGUAAAAUGCUGCUCAAAUAGCAAUGGUUAUGUUUAAUGCUGGCGUUAGGGGUCUGGCAAAGGGGUCUGUGUUGAGCAGCUCCCGAGUCAGCUGCUGAAUAGAGAGAGGAUUUUUAUCCCACUGAGGAUGCAGCUAAAGGACAGCCCCCUUGGGUGGAUUAUUUGUCUGGUUCCUUUGUAGACUGUAAUGAAAUAUGAGUAUUGCACAUAUUUAAAAACUCAAGUUUAUCUGUGAAGGACAGAGUAAUUCUCCUUCACAGAAGGGACACCAUGGGGACAUAACUAUGGUAUCUAAAUAACAGGGAGAAAGUACUUGGCACCAAAGUGUUUCUGAUGUGGUGGAGAAAGUUUAAAUAAUCUCCAGUAUCUGGCAGAUAAAGCCCAACAUCCUGAAAUUAGGAAGGUGAGUGGAUGGGAGGCAUCAGCUUUUAGCAGUGAGGAUAAUUAGUCACAAGCAUAAAACCUCUGAUACCUUCAGCUCAAGACUGACACAGCGUCUAAUCAAGACACCCAAAAAGGAGUAGUUAGGCUCAAUGAUAGGUUAAAUGGAUGAAAUAUGACAUCUUACAAUACACAAGAACAGACUCUGGCUUCCCUGCUAGGUUUAAAAUCUUUUGAAAUAAGGAAGCAGUAUGUAGAAGUUACAUGAAUCAGCACAGAUGCGCAAAACAGGUUGAUAAAAUAAAGCAACAUGUUGAAAUUGUUUUUACUUAGAAAGUUUGAGAAAUUCUCAGUUAAGAUGAACUUCCUUUGGAGCUAGGAUAGCAUGAAAAUCAUGGCUCUUAACAGCUGAUUGGUACUCCCAUGAGGAGGGUGAGUGUUGAAACAACCAGUGUGUUAUACAUCAGCCUUUCCUAAGAUUUGGCUGCCUUCAGAAGUUAUCUUUCCAGGGGAGACACAGGGGCAUUGCUGGCUCUGUAUCAGAUGCAUUGAAGUGAUAGCAAGCUCUUGGUUCCUUGCAUGGAGUUUCUCUCUUCAGGCACACUCUAGUGCUGAUCCAGCUGUAUGCUGUUACAGUCUUUUUAUUACAGUUAUAACACUGUGGAUACAUAUUGUAUUUUCUAUUUUUCUCCUUUUUAAAAAACUCUUGAAGCUGAAUAUGCUUAACUGACCAUGCAAAUAAAGAACUGAGACACUGAACUGAAACUCUGGAAGGCAGGAAGUGGAGAGAUCUAUGUCACUGUCUGAAGGAUUACAUCAACCAAAUGGUCCUACCUGGGUUGCUUUUGUAUAACGCUUGUAAGUUAAGGGGGUACCAAGUUUUUCCUCUAAUACCUCUUCAGCUGUAUAUAUCGUAAUUUGUCAAUUCAGCUUUGGGAAGGGAUGAAAGAGGCAGAAUAUACAUAGUAGAGUAGGGAGCAAGAGUAAGAAGAAAAUGAGUACCACAGAUGAAGAUGCUUAGAAAAAUUAGUGUGUUUUCAAAGUUCAUCAUAACUUAAACAUGUAGCACUGUCACAGUAGAUAAAGAAAUGUACAUACAGUCGCACAGAAUGUGUGUGUGUAUAUAUAUACAUAUGUAAAAGAGAUACAAACAUAUACAGGAGUAAACAGAAAGACAAAGAGUAUGUGCUCACAUAUUUUUUACUCAAAGAAGGUAACUCCAAGUUUUUACCCUCUCUGAUAAGAGGCUAAAUGUGUCUGUUCAAGGGUGUUAUUUAUGCAUGUCGCUCUGUACCUUUGUGUGUGAGAGAAAAUUGUUCUUGGAUCUCACCUUCAAAUUUAAAAUGUUUAACAUAAUGGUGAGCUUAUGUUGCAACUUAAUGGCCACUCCAUCACUGCUGUCAGUGACUAGCCAUUAGCAUGGCUUGUGCCUAAAAGGUAUUGGUAAAAAGUUUUUUUACUUGUAGUGAACCUUUCUAUGUAAUUGGCUGUGGCUCUGCAGUGGGAAGUAAAUGUUUCUGUGCCCAUCACGUCUUGGAAUACAGUGAGGAGGAGGAUGUGUGUGCUAGCUGGAUUGCCUUCCCAUACCUUCUCACUUAAGUGCUGAUAUAAAAGAAGUUUUCUGUGGGACUGGCUGAGCACAGUGCCUGAAAAAAGCACUUUGUUUCAAAUUAUUUUAUUGUUUCUGUGCUUAAAAAGAAUAAUAAAAUGAUUUUCUCAGAAUUACUGUAACAGUUUCUGGUAGCCCUUCUUCAAAUGUGCACGAUCCUUUACAGCCACAUUGCAGUGUUCUGAGAAGAAGCUUGCUGGAGCCAGUGCAGUAUGGGCCACUGAGCAAGGGUUUCAGUUUAGAAUCCUGCUCCAAACCUACUGCACGUUUAAUUGGUUGUACUGCACAUUCUGUUCAGCCUUAGCUCAGUGGGCACAGUAAUGACUCCUCUAAAUACAGUUUUACCUAGUUGUGGGAGAGAUUAUCUCUUCAUGGGCUAGGCACUAGCUCACAGGAAUAUAAAAAGGCAAAUACUCAGCUUUCAUGAAACCAGGGACUCCUUUUGUGGAAGCUGUAGUUGAAUGAUGAUAUCUGCAUAGAAAAUACACUGGAGCGCUUAGCAAGAAUUAGUGAUGUGCUGGAAGAGGAGCGCGUCUUGCACUGCUACAGUGCAGUAGUUUUUGUAGGUAACAGCAAGAAAAAUCCUUAGGUUGCCAGUUGUUUUGCAACUCUGGAAAUACUAAUAAUCCCAAACCCACAGACUUCAGGGUUCUUCCUCCCCCUGCUUUCCAAUGUUAUUCUUUCAUUCAGGAAUCUCUUCUUCACUUCUUUGCUUUCUUCAUUUUCCUAGAGGCAGUGUGUAACUAAGGAUCUGCCUUUGUUUCCACCCUGUUUCCCUGGCCAGCUCUCACCUUUUCCACCUCGGACAUUUUUUUUCCUCAUUCUUUUUUCUCUCCUAAACUUCUCCAUCAGCAUGUCCAGAUCUCUGUAAAACCCUA